AAACCGGUUCGAGGGGAAGGAAGAGCGGACUUGAGGGAUUGCCACAAAUGGUCAGGCGGCCGCGGUGGCGGAGGAAGAAGAAGAGGAGGAGGAGGAAAAGGCGGCGGGAACAGUAGCAGCAGCAGCAGCAGGAGAAGCAGAAGGAGAAGCCGGGCUUUACCUGUCUGCAGCAAAGAGAGAAGAAGAGGCGCUGCGGAGGAAGGAGCGCCUGGUGGAGAGCUGGGCUCCUUCUUGUCCCUCGCAGCCCUUCAUGAGUCUCAAGUUUGAGCUGGAAGGAGAGGAGGAGGGACGAGGCAGAAGGAGCAGCAAGGAGGAGGAGGAGGAGGAGGAGGAGAAGUAUGGCUGAGAAGUGGCAAGUUGUGGGCUGGGCAGCCAAGGCUGGGAGGCACAGGAGGAGCACCUCCCGUGGCAGCAGCACCCUCCUCCCACCCCUGGGCCGUGGGCCUCUCCUGACCCUGCUCCUGGUGCUGCUGUUGUGCCCAGAGGCAGCUCUUGGCCAGGCUCAGGCCCCCCCUCCUCCUCCUGCCCACCCGCAGCCCUACAACGGUGAGAGGGGCAUCUCGGUGCCCGACCACGGCUACUGCCAGCCCAUCACCAUCCCCCUGUGCACCGACAUUGCCUACAACCAGACCAUCAUGCCCAACCUGCUGGGCCACACCAACCAGGAGGACGCCGGCCUGGAGGUGCACCAGUUCUACCCGCUGGUCAAGGUGCAGUGCUCGGCCGAGCUCAAGUUCUUCCUCUGCUCCAUGUAUGCCCCGGUGUGCACCGUCCUGGAGCAGGCCUUGCCCCCUUGCCGGUCCCUCUGCGAACGGGCCAGGCAGGGCUGCGAGGCCCUCAUGAACAAGUUCGGCUUCCAGUGGCCCGACACCCUCCGGUGCGAGAAGUUCCCCGUCCACGGGGCAGGAGAGCUCUGCGUGGGGCAGAACACCUCCGAGAGGGGCACCCCGACCCCCUCAGUGGGGCCCCAGGCCUGGACCAGUAACCCCCAGUUCAGGGCCGGCGGUGGAUUAGCAGGCGGGGGAGGACUGGGAGAGCGGGUGGGGAAGUUCACCUGUCCCCGGGUGCUCAAGGUGCCCUCCUACCUCAACUACCGCUUCCUGGGCGAGAAGGACUGUGGGGCCCCUUGUGAGCCGGGACGCCUCCACGGGCUCAUGUACUUUGGGCCCGAGGAGCUGCGCUUCUCCCGCACCUGGAUUGGCAUCUGGUCGGUGCUGUGCUGCGCCUCCACUCUCUUCACCGUCCUCACCUACUUGGUGGACAUGAAGCGCUUCAGUUACCCAGAGCGGCCCAUCGUCUUCCUCUCAGGGUGCUACGCGGCCGUGGCUGUGGCCUAUGUGGCCGGCUUCCUGCUGGAGGACAAGGUGGUCUGCAACGAGCGCUUCUCGGAUGACGGUGUGCGGACGGUGGCCCAGGGCACCAAGCGAGAAGGCUGCACCAUCCUCUUCAUGAUGCUCUACUUCUUUGGCAUGGCCAGCUCCAUCUGGUGGGUCAUCCUCUCACUGACGUGGUUCCUGGCGGCCGGCAUGAAGUGGGGCCAUGAGGCCAUCGAAGCCAACUCGCAGUACUUCCACCUGGCUGCCUGGGCCGUGCCAGCCAUCAAAACCAUCACCAUCUUGGCAUUGGGGCAGGUGGACGGAGACGUGCUGAGUGGCGUCUGCUUUGUAGGCAUCAACAAUGUGGACGCCUUGCGGGGCUUUGUGUUGGCACCGUUGUUUGUUUACUUGUUCAUUGGCACUUCUUUCCUCCUGGCUGGAUUUGUGUCCCUCUUCCGGAUCAGGACCAUCAUGAAACAUGAUGGGACCAAGACUGAAAAGCUGGAGAAGUUGAUGGUGAGGAUUGGGAUCUUCAGCGUCCUCUACACAGUGCCUGCCACCAUUGUCAUAGCCUGCUAUUUUUAUGAGCAAGCUUUUAGGGAACAGUGGGAAAGGAGUUGGUUUGCUCAGAGCUGCAAGAGUUACGCCAUCCCUUGCCCCAGUAACCACCACCAUCCACCCAUGAGCCCAGACUUUACUGUCUUCAUGAUCAAGUAUCUCAUGACCUUAAUUGUAGGCAUCACAUCAGGCUUCUGGAUCUGGUCUGGGAAAACACUCAGUUCUUGGAGGAAGUUCUAUACCAGACUCACCAACAGCAAGCAAGGGGAAACCACUGUCUGAGGUCUACACAACCAGUUUGGGAUAGGAGGCUGCCCAGUGCCUCCCAACUGAGAUCCUAACCCUCGCUCUGUGAAGACUGCUUGGUCUGGGGACUUUUCUCUCCCGACCACAGAAACCUGAUAACAAAACGGCUGGCAAUGAGACAGACCUUUUGUUUUCUCCCUGCCUUCGGCUGGACUGAAUUCACUGUAAAGUUGGGAAUGUGACUUUGAGGUUGUUGUAAAUAGCCUCUGUAAGAUUUUGUAAGUACGUUUGUAUUUAAAUGGGAAAAAAUCUCACUUUUGUAUAAUUAUUUAGAACUUUUUUAACCCCUUGGCAGACUUUUCUCUGUUGUUGUUGUUGGGUUUUUUUAAGGAAAGAAGGAAAACAACUCUCUUUUCAUUGUUAGUGCAAAAAUGAAAAAAAUAGCUCUUCCCUUCCCCGCCAUUCUGCAGGGUAGUUUGGUUGCCUGAUGGUCCCGGAGUGAAGUAGAUCGAUUCAAAACUGGUUAUAGUUCUGAUGAUUUGCAAGAUGUUAGUAAAACUAAUGGGAAAGUUGUGGGGAUGGCUGCUGGAAGGCACAGCUGGCUUUAUCUAUUCUGAAUGUCAACAACAGCAGACAGGGAGUGGAAGAGGCCAACUCCUCCAGUCCUUACUCAGUGUGACCCGAAGGUGUAAAGGAGGAAGCAGUUCUACCUGUUCCAAAUCCAGAAUGGGAGGAGUUUGAGGAGAUGUGUGUUAUUGUGUUACCCAACUGCAUAUCUUAGCCCAGCCUAAGCAAACUUCCACUCGCAACCACCAAACUCCUGAGCCCUGCCUAAAGGUGUGACCUAUUUUUAAGAAGCAUGAAAUUGAAAGGUUGAGAGUCGAGUUUUCUCACCAGCUGCUCUCAUCUGCACAUGUCUGAUAGUUUUGAAGAGCUGUAACACUCUCUCCCCCCCCCCCCCCCAUCUUUCUGUAAUACACAUAUUUCAGUGGUACAGUGUGCUUUCUAAUCCAGGAAGGGGCAAAUUUUUCUGUCUGAGGAAUAAGGUCAUUAUUGCUCCGUUAGGCAUAAAGGCAGGUUUUGCAUUUUGAUUGUAUUUUGGCAGUCCAUUUCUGACCAGUUUGCUUUUUUUUGGGAAUGUUAGGGUUUGCUGUUUUUGUUUUCGUGCUUAAUAAAUGUGGUGGGAGCGAAGAACCAAGAAAAGCACUGCUGAACCCAUUUUGUAAACAAACCCUAUCUGUCCAUGACCAAGAGCAAAAAAAAAAAAAAAUCUCGUAAGAGAUUCCAGCAGCUUGAAUUACUUUGAUUUUUUUCAAAAGUAUUUGUUGCUUAAACAUUUCAUUUCUACAUAUCAUUAUAACGGGUGGGUUUUAAUUCCUUCAUGUUAAUAGGUGAUUGAAAGGCAUGGUGAUUUAUGCCACCGGGGGAAAGAAAUUUCAGCUGAAGGAUGGGAUGUCAAACCCCCAAGAAUCUAUAAGCCUGAUGUUUCAAUAUAGCAAUUUAUAUGUAAAGCUAAGAGAGCCUGGGUAUGAUUGGUCUACGCUCUCUCUAAACUGUUAUGGCUUGUAUUUCCUUAACAGGCUUAUACAAAAUGCAUCAAAUUUAACUGGCAAACACAUUUUAAUAUUUAAUCCUUUGUAUGGCAAAACUGGUUUGCUGCUCUUCUGAUUGUACUGUUUCAAACUUUUUAUAUAAGCACCUGUCCUAAAUAUUAUCUAUUAUUUACCAUACCCUAAAAUGCAUAGCGACAUGAAUUUGGUAUGCAUUUGUUUCUGUUCACUAUUGCAAGAUCAUCUAUAUUUAUAGAGGAAUAGAAGUUUAUAUAUAAAUAUAUAUAAAUAUAUAUGAAAUACAUAUUUUUAAUUUCUUUGAAAUAAAUUGAGGUUUUGUACAAAG